UUUCCUUCUCUUGGUCUUGACAAGUAGGCGCUAGGUAAUGACAAGUAAGUUUACCAGCCGGCCGACCGACGCCCAUGCCUUUGGCCAUGAGUGGCUCCCUGAUGACAAAGCAGGAAUCAAUAUGUCCACUAGUUUUGAUUGAGUGACCAAUAGUUCUAGUGACGUAUGUGCCACUUUAAGAUUUUGUACCAGGAGAAGGCCCGGCGUAUCUCCCCCUCGACUAAACAUGGCGACUUCCAAGAUACGUCUGUUCUACUUUGCGUACAGGGGGCGGGCGGAGGUGUCCCGCAUCAUCCUGGCGCAUGCAGGGAAACAGUACGAUGAGGUCACGUUCCCGCAUGCGGAAUGGCAAAAGUACAAGCACCAGGCUCCCCUUGGCCAAUGUCCUAUGCUAGAGGUGAACGGCAGACGGUUCCCCCAGAGCAUGGCUCACUUCACCUAUCUGGCCCGCGAGUUUGGCCUCUACGGCAAGACUAACAUGGACGGCCUGGUCAUCGAUGUCGUCAUGAAUACGCUAGAAGAUGUGUACAAAGCAGCCGCCAAGAGUUGGUACUUGGAAGAUGGACCGGAGAGAGACAAACAGAUGGAGAUCUGUCGACAGGAGGAAACACCAAAGUAUCUGGCCUACUUGGAGAAGCUUCUGUCGGACAACGGCUCAGGUUACUUUGUAGGAAAAAGUCUUUCUCUAGCAGACAUAGCAGCCUUCGACGCGCGCAGCAGCUACCUAAAGCUUUUCCUCAUCUUUGACAACAGAUACCCGCUGUUGGAGAAAAACGCUCAGCUCGUGUUGGACAAUAAGAACAUUCAAGAUUACAUCGACACCAGAAAGGACUAUGUAUGGUGAAUUUCUCCCGGAGAUGGGGAUGUUUCUGAGGAUGGUUUGCUUGAUUCUGCAAGGGUGAUAGUGAUAUGUAUGUAAAUCUAUUCCUAACUUUCCGGUCCUGCCAUGGUACAUUUUGACCCCCUCCCUCGCGCACACUCUAUUAAAGUAAGUUUAAUACGUCUUUCAAGUAUAACAAAAAAUAGCUCCAACGAGAGUGGUGAUCCUGGAUGCAAGUGAUUGGCAAAGAAUUUUUUAAUAAAGGUCUCAAGUUUACUUUUACCAUGUUUUGUUAAGUUGCAUCUAGUGUCAGUGCUUUUUUAGCGGAGUUAGCCAUUUCUUUUUACAUUGUCUUGUAUGUGCCAAAAUCCCAGUACAUCCCUAACUGUGUGUGUGCCUGGUGAAAGGUGCCUAAUGACGUAUUUUGAAAAAUCCCGGGUUUUUUUGCAUUUUCAUGUACAGAGGCCAUUUCUGAACAAUAUGCUUUUUGAAUUUUUAAGUUGUCUUUAGUAGUUUUUGAGAUAUAUGUGAUUUUGUAAGGCAGGGUACGGAAACAAAGCUAUACAUUUACAAGUUUGCUCUUGAAAAAACGAAAGGGUGUGGAUGCGCCAAGCUUUGCUUUGUUUACAUCUUCUAAAAAUUCAUGCGCGCCACCUGCCACUAGAGAAGGGAGAGAAUGGCCUAAAUUUUGGUAUGCAAUGUGAUUGGGUUGACUUUAUGAAUGGAUAUAGGAAACCAUCCGCAAUGUUUACUCGGAAAACCAAUUUUCUUACGUACGCAUUUUUUUGGAUUAUGCAAUAUACCUCGUGUUGAAAAAGCAUCUAUGGAAACGUAUUUUAAAGUUAAAGAAACUCAAGUCCUUUUAAAUAUCGAUAUACGAAUGGCUAGAGAAUCCAUUUUUAAUGGAACUUAAUGUUUGUCAAAAUUUCUCCCUGGUAUCUCUUUUUCGAGCAAAGAUGUCUUCUGGUACCUUUCACCAGGCACGCUCACAAACUUCUGGCCAGCCGGUACCUACGUGCCACACAUCACUGGACUACAUCACUCCCCGCUACACCCCACACACUGGCUAGUCUUCCAUACACCACACGUGUAUGUAGGAGUUGCUGGCCGACCCACAUAGUCCCGGUUCCCCCACAACCUGUGAUUGACAGGAAAGCUUGUAAUCUCAGAAAGGGUGACCUGAGUUACUAUCGUCUCUUAUGAAGUAUUGUCCUGUCCCAUAUAUAUAUAUGCUAUAUAUUUUUUUAUAUAGUGUUGCCACGAUCUAUUUAAUCAAUCUAUUGUUUUUAUAUAUAGGGCUGCCAUGAUCUGUAAUACAAUAUAUUGUUGUUAUAAGGGCUGACGUGAUCUAAUACAAUGUAUUAUUUCUAUGUGGCGUUGCCAGGCUCUAUACUAAAACACCAUGUAAAACGAUCUAACACCUAGUCUUCUCGGAUAAGGACGAAAAAAUCUUGGAGGUCCCGUGUGCAAGUUGCUCACGUUAAAAGAUCCCGUGGUGGUCUUAAGAUCAACAAGAGUAGGCUUCGGCCGCCACCCGGGCAAAAUUCAAAAUUAAUUCCUACCAAACUGGAAACUUCUUUAUCAUGCGCGCCACAUGAUGCUCAUACGAUCUUAUAACAUUCGUGAGCGCUGUAAAACACUUACCUUACCAAAACAAAAACGAAAGUAUAGACUUGGAUCAUGAUAUUCCUAGACUGCACUGAGGCUGUGGACACGGGUCUCUCACGGUCAUCACCGUCACCCUGACAUGUGUGUUUCCCUCACUCUCUGAGCCCACGGAUCAUUCACACACACUGGCUGUAGUCUUCCAUACACCACACGUGUAUGUAGGAGUUGCUGGCCGACCCACAUAGUCCCGGUUCCCCCACAACCUGUGAUUGACAGGAAAGCUUGUAAUCUCAGAAAGGGUGACCUGAGUUACUAUUGUCUCUUAUGAAGUAUUGUCCUGUCCCAUAUUUAAAUACUAUGCAUUGUUUUUAUAUCGUGUUGCCACGAUCUAUUUAAUCAAUCUAUUGUUUUUAUAUAUAGGGCUGCCAUGAUCUGUAAUACAAUAUAGUAUUGUUGUUAUAGGGGCUGACGUGAUCUAAUACAAUGUGUUUUUUCUA